CCUACGCCGCCGCUGCCGCCUCCCGCAGCCGCCGCCAUGAAGCUGACCGACGGCGUGCUGCGGAGCUUCCGCGUCGCCAAAGUGUUUCGUGAGAACUCGGACAAGAUUAACUGCUUCGACUUCAGCCCUAACGGCGAGACGGUCAUCUCAAGCAGCGACGACGACUCCAUCGUGCUCUAUGAUUGCCAGGAGGGCAAACCAAAGAGAACCCUGUACAGUAAGAAAUAUGGCGUGGACCUCAUCAGAUACACUCAUGCAGCAAACACAGUCGUUUACAGCUCUAACAAAAUAGACGAUACUAUUCGUUACCUGUCCUUGCAUGACAACAAAUACAUCAGAUACUUUCCUGGACAUAGCAAAAGGGUGGUGGCCUUGUCCAUGUCACCUGUGGAUGACACUUUCAUUUCUGGGUCUCUUGAUAAGACCAUUCGACUCUGGGAUCUCCGGUCUCCUAACUGCCAGGGCCUCAUGCAUCUACAGGGCAAGCCAGUAUGUUCUUUUGAUCCAGAGGGGUUAAUUUUUGCUGCAGGUGUCAAUUCUGAAAUGGUCAAACUUUAUGACCUUCGCUCUUUUGAUAAGGGGCCCUUUGCAACAUUUAAGAUGCAGUAUGAUCGGACUUGUGAGUGGACAGGACUUAAGUUCAGCAAUGAUGGCAAACUCAUCCUCAUCUCCACCAAUGGCAGCUUCAUUCGUCUCAUCGAUGCAUUCAAGGGAGUAGUGAUGCACACGUUUGGGGGUUAUGCUAACAGCAAAGCUGUCACACUAGAGGCCUCAUUUACUCCAGAUUCCCAGUUUAUUAUGAUUGGUUCAGAGGAUGGCAAGAUCCAUGUCUGGAAUGGAGAGAGCGGUAUAAAAGUAGCUGUGUUGGAUGGCAAACAUACAGGCCCCAUUACCUGUUUGCAGUUCAAUCCCAAGUUCAUGACCUUUGCCAGUGCAUGUUCCAACAUGGCCUUCUGGUUGCCCACCAUUGAUGACUGACCCUGAUGCUCUUUGGCUGUUUCUGCACAGUGAAGGUGGUCAGCAGGAAAAAACUCAGAGGGGACUGAGAUAAUAGUGGGAUUGGAUCAUUUGACUGGGCUGGAGAGCAUUCUUCCACAUGGCCUUCCCACGGAUGUGCUGUACAUCUGCUCAAAAGAAAAAAAGUUACUUUGCCAAGCUUCUUCAAAAGGACUCUUGGUGCGGCAGAUUCAUUUGGGACUCAGAUUUUCUAACUGUCAACUGCACCGAGCUCCUCCAGAGGAGUGACCAGACUCAUGAUUAGGGUAUAGCAGGGCCCUUAAGGCACCUUCAGUUUUGAAUGUAUUUGCUGCUGAGGAGCCAGUGAAGUUAUUAAUUCUGCACAUCCCUUCUCCUACCCCCAUAAAUGCAUGGGAAGCCACAGAUCUGGUUUUGAGAUGCUAGAGCAGCUCAGUGCCCCUUGCCCUCCCUCUGCAUGUCUUAUUACUGGGUCUCCCUGUGUCAUUGUGGUAUAAUCCACAACCAUCAUGUUACUUAGGUGCCAAACAUUUACAGAAAUAAGUCUUCAUAUGUCUUGGGGUCAGAAAGGGACAGAUACCGACCUUGCUUGCCAGGAAGCUUUACAAGUUAGUCAUUUGAGGGUGGGUGAUCUAGACAUGCCUCAGACUCUGGGUUUUGAGUGGGAAAAGGCCCAAGAGCCUGAAAGGGAGGAAAGGGUAGCAGGUGAGAUCCUAGGGCUGGGAGGUUUAGCAGUAGCCUCAUGUGGUAGUGUGGUCCCUCGUCAUCAAGACAAACCCGCGGUCCUCCUGGUUGCCUACCCAGUAUGGUUGUGUACAAAAGCAAGGUGGGAGUCUAUUUUUGUACAUGAGAUACAUCACACUUUCCUGUGGGCCAGUAUUGUGGAGUGAGUCUGAGUUGUUUACACUGAUGCCUUCCCUGCCCACCACAAAUUGUGUACAUAGUCUUCAGAUACCAACCACCCUUUCCCAGCUCUCAACCAUGAGCUGGCUCUAGGCCUGUGUUAUAUGUUAUAUUUAGCCUUUUUAUAUAUGACCUGGGGUUUCUGUUGUUUGUAUUUUAGCACAGUGUGUACACCUUCAUUUAAAUAUAUAUAUAUAGGCAUACAUAUAUGUAUAUAUGUAUGUAUGCAUAUAUAUAAAAUACCUAUCGUUCCUGAGUUUAGCCGAAGGACAUGGAGUCCUGCAGCCUGGGGGAAGACUGCAUCCUUGCUAAUAGUGUUUGCUAUGAGUGUUAGUGAGUCUUCCUUACUACAUUUUCCCUUCAGGAGACUGAAUGGAGCAAAGCUUCAAGUGUUUGCUAUUCCCGUGGCAGCUAAUUGAGGGUCUUGGGAUGAUGGCUCCUUUGUGUUCCUCAAGCCGUGUUUUGGGGCCCUCUCUGCAGUAUUAGCCCCCUUUUUUGCCUGGUGAUGCUCUGUCUGCACCUAUAUAUGUGUGACAGUCACUUUUGCAUGCCUUUUGUGUCUGGCUUACAGUAUUUGGGGACAGGAUGCUGGAACCACGGCGUUUUCAGUUUGUCUGAGGCUUUAUCAAUUACAGGUCACUCCUGUUUACCUGUUAUGUCUGCUUUCUUGUUCUUUUCCUUGCCUUCUCUUGGGAGAGGGAGGGGUCUGAUCAGGGUUGAGGUAAACUGCAGCUGGCUUAUGGCCUUUUCCUCCCCUGUAUGGCCUUCUUAGAGAAAGAUGAAUGGAAUGUUAUUUUACUAAAUUCCCAAACAUUUAAGCAGGGAACAUACUCCCUGCAUAUCCAGAAACAGACUCAACAAGGUAAUGAUUUGUCCCAGAGGACUUGCCCAAGAGUGCACAUCUGCUAGGGGGAAAGCAAGCCAUUACUGCCUCUGUUAAGCUGCAGGAAUAGGCUAUGGAGUGUAAGCAAUUACUGUUUUAGCAAUUACAUUUAGAUCUUGUUUCUCAAACUUAAAGGUCAAGGUGCAUUCAUCUUUCCCAACAUAGACUAGAACCUUCAGCUUCUGUGAUACCCCCUGUAUAUAGCUCUGCCAUUUCAGAGUGAAGGGACUGUUAGAAACCAUAUGAACUGAGCUGUUACUGCCCACUCCUGGCUUUCCAGGGUAGAAAAUUCAUGGUAGGAAUAACUUCAGAGAAAGUGCUUGGAACAGAGUUAAGAAAACCUGCAUAAUCUAACCAGAACAGCUGCCAAGCAUGACUUGCCUGUCAUCAGGAAAAUGAUUUGUAUUGAGUUCCUGUAUGUCCAAAGCUGAGGUACCAAGUCCUUUGAAAAUAGGUACUGCAUGACCCCUGUUUAUGGGGACUUGUGGCUGCAGAGCUGGCUCCUGAGUGGGAAGGAAAGGAAAAACAUGCAGCUUAAAGUGACUGGAGAUUUGGGAAUAAGGCAGAAUAAAGGGAGAAAAAAGACUGUGGCCAGAGAGGCUGAGGGCUGGGGCUGUAAGGAUGCUCAUUGGGACCCAGAGGUGCUGAAGUUCUCUGGGGAGGGGCUGCUCACCACUCAAGUCUGGGCCAAAGCCACCAAUUUGUAUGUGACAGUAACAGUGCACUGCUCAGCCUCCAGCCAGUGGGUUAUUUUAUUUUUUUAAAGAAGAAACGGAUCCCUGUUGCAAUAAUAAUUAAUGCCUAUUAAAAUUUGAGAAUUUAAAAAAGAAUCAGUUUGCCACCCAAAUGCUACCACUGUUAAUCUUUCGGUGUUAAAUGUUCUUCUAGACAUACCUGUGUGUAGAUUUCUGGUGUGUUUACAUAGUUGUUAUUCUGUAUAUACAAUUUUAUGUCCCUUUUGUACUUAACAUAAACAUUUUUUC